AUGGGCCAGGAGGGCUGGAAGGGGGCGGGGGCAAAGAGGGAACGAGCGAAACCCUAAAACCCCUUCUCCCAGAAUCCCGCCCCUGCGUGCUCCCCACCCACCACUACCAUAAAACCGGUGCUAGAGAAGAGUGCUGGUCCGGGAGGUGAAUUCCCAGCCAAGAGCAGGAGCCAGGCAGGGAAGCGGGGCGCCUGGACAGAACGAGGCAUGAGGUGUCCUCUGGACGCCGGACCCGGCCACAGCCCUGCCUGGAAGAGGCUACUUCUAACAGGCAUCCUGAUCGCAUCCUGCACCUGUUCUGCCUCCUUGGAGCUGCCCGCCCCCGCGUCUCCAGACCCCUUGACCGAAGGAGCCAGUGCCCGCCUGCCUGUCCCCGGAAGCCUGAAUGGUGUUCUCUCCACUUCUUGGUUCCAAGGGCACAAGGCCCGGCCAGAAACCAUGAUCUUCUCCCCUGAGGGCUUCCCAGGGCCCAACCACAUCGGCCAGGAGACACUGGACACCCAAAGCAGCCUGAUCAUUGGAAAUGCAACAGCUCAAGACACAGUGCUGGAAACCAGCAAAGGACGCAGGAGUGCGACAGAGCAGAUACUUGGCCAGGCCAGCUCCAACGGAGUGAUGCUGCUGACACUCCCCUAUGUCUUCGAGGGCGUUAUCCAGAGUGACCUCAACUACUCAGUGAUCCUGGAGUGCCUGGCUUCUUCUAUCACCCCCAAACCUGUGCUGCACUGGACCUUCAACGGGGAGCCCUACAAGAUUGGGGCUAUGCUGAUCAUCCGGAGGUUGUCCCUGGAACAUCUGGGCACCUACGUGUGCACAGCCAAGAACAGCCAGGGACAGUAUCCCUCCUAUCCUGUGACCCUCUCGCUGCCACAAGACAACGUGGAUCCCACAGACGCUGAGCCCAUUGAGCCAGACCCCAUUCUCACUGUGUCAGGAGAAGCUGCUAUCGGCCUCCUCGUCGCUGGAAGUAUAGGGGCCGUGGUGCUGAUAGGAGGCAGCUUUGCCAUCAUCCAGAGCAUAAGGACUAACAGACAAAGAAUACAGAUAUGCUGCUGA